AUGGAAACAGUACUUUAAGAGAGUAUACUUGCAUUAACUUUUAAUCACGAGAGAAGCAGCAUUAUCUACUUGGCUCAACCGAGUUUCUAAGGAGAAAACCCAAUAAAUGAAUUGAUUGAAUUGGAUUUGCACAAUCAGACUGUAUUGGAGAGAUAUAUUAUCUCAAAGUAAUUACCAAAUCAACCUCCAUUCAUGCUUAUCACUUCAAGAAGGAAAGGGUAUUUAAUUUUGGCAUUUCAACCUUCCUUAAUGGAAAUAUGGUAAUUGGGAAAUAGUGCACAAGGAUUCAAUCAAUCAAUAUGGUCAGGUGAGACCAAGGGAAGAGGUAUAUACGAAAUUUAACAUGCUGAUGUUAGCAAUCUGGAUGGCAUUCUCUUCUUCAGUGCUAUUGAUUAGCGAAAUAUUUAUUGCGCCAAUAUUGACGACACAAUCAAAUCAAAUGGACCGGAAUUAAUUUUAAGUAAAUUAAGAUUGCCUGAACGAGUUAACGUCAAUGAUCUAAAAUGCCAUCCUACUGAUUAUAAAAUAUGUAGUGCAUGUUCUGAUGGAUUAUUGAGAGUGUGGAAUCAAACUACUUACACUUAAUUAAAAAGCAUACAAGAUGAAAAUAAUAUUAUUAUAUCGCUUUCCUUCUAGUAGGAUGGUUAAAAGUUGUUAUGUGGGUGUGAUAAUGGAAAGAUUUUAUGCUACGAUGCAAAAACCUUAGGAGAUAGAAAUAUAUUGUUAGCCAUCUACUAAUUAGAGUAGAGCCACAAUAAUGGCAUAUUGUGUUUACAUUGGGUUAAUUACAAUGGAGCCAUUAAUUGUAAUUAAUUUUUGGCUUAUCUCUACGAUGGAAAUAUCAAAUUAUUGAAUAUCAAAUUACUUGUACCUUAAGAUAUGAUCAGAGAUUAGAAGGUAUCCAAAUCAAAAAAGCAAGAACUCUUUGGCAGCAUUAAAGAAAUUUAAAAUCUAUUAGCGGUUAAAAAUGAUCUAAAAUACAAUGCCUAGAGACAGUUACCAAAUGUUGGAUUAUCUAAAUUCAUAUAAAUCCAUCCUUAUGCCAAUUUUAUCAGUCUUAAUACCAUAAAAACAUUGCCAGAUUAAACUCUUCAAAGCUAGAUAUUCUAUUAAUACAAAACUUAGAUCAUUCUGCUUAAUGAUAAUACUAAUCUAUUGGCUGAGUAUCCAGUGUGUUCACAACAGUAUUAAUAUUCCUUUAAAGAACUUUUCCCAGAUGAAAAAAAUAGAAUACUAACUCAAAGAUAUCUCUAUUACAUUGAUUAACACACUAUGGAAAUCAAAUAGUAUUGUUUAGCCAAAGGAAUUUUGAAAUCUAUUGCUAAUUUGAGAUAGAUGAUAUUAGUAGAAAACCCUAUCUUCCACUAAUUGAGUGUGAGACCUAACUCUCUGAAUUUCGCUCCUAGAACUCAGUUUCUUUUAAGUUAUAAGAUAGAAACAACCUAUAGAUGUUGUACUGUUAUGUCUAAUAAUGGAGUAUUGUCAGAUAAUCUAAAGGAAUAUCCUGCUCGAUUUUCGAUGUUUCUAGGUUAAGAAUGUUGGGCUAAUCCUCCAUUAUUUUUGUUGUAUGAUGAUAGGUCAAGUUAUAGUAUAAUAUUUGAGGACACUCUACCUCAAGAGGAAGACAUGUUAAAAUUAUUGAAUAAACAAGAUAAGGACAAAUUACAAAAUUAAAUGAAAUAGUCAUUAAACCUAAAAGUGUAACGAAUGUUUUGGACACCUUUGAGAUCAGGCUUUGUAGUAAUUUAUCAACCAAUGAAUGAGAACAUCUUAAAAUUUAGUCGAAACAGAAAUUCAGAUAAUAACCUCUUAGAUCUAUUAAUGUAAAGUGGUUCUGAAAUGAGCUUCAAAUUUGGAAGUGAUGAAUAAGUAACAGACCUAGUUUGGCAGAAGGAUCAGAAUAUUGGAGCUGUGGUUACAAUCCAUAAUGUUUACAUAGUUGAUGAUAGUUUGAAUACUCUCAAAUUAAUUUCGCUCCAACCACAAGUUAAUAAAAAAAAUCGAAUACUACUAACUUAUUGGAUGGCCUAGACUUUAAUUCUGUAAACAAAAUUUCAUAUUCUAUAUGUGUUGCUCAAUGGAACUUGUGCUUCAAUAUAAUCAAUUGAUAAUUAUGAGGAAAAGAAUGUGCUUUCUGCUUUGUUGUGGGAUAGGAUGAUUUUAUUAUGUUAAAGUCAUUCCAAAAAAUAAAAUAAUAUUGAAAUCAAAACUAAAUGGAUCAAUAUCCUAUAGCCUAUUCUUCAAGGAUAUAUACACAAUAAACGAUUCUUUAAUUAAGAGGUUGAUGAAUCUAUUGUUACUAAAUUGUUAUUGACUUUUGCAAAUCCAAAUAUUGAUUAUUCACUUAUUAAAGACUUAGAAUAGUAAAAAUAACACAUUAUCAUAAAGAUUCAUCUCAUGCGCAAAAUAUAUUAUUUAACUGGAUGA